AUGGCGACCCGAAAGUACCACAAAUCAAGAGUCAACGAUUGGUUUCUCAAAAAUCAAUUCAGUGAUGUAAAAAUUCAAACUGCAUGUGGAAAUUUUGUGUUAGCCCAUAAGAAUCGUCUCGCCAGUGCCAGUCCAGUUUUUGAAGAAAUGUUUGUUCACGCAUCAGAGGAAAGCAGUGUGGAACUGGACAACGUGAAAUACAGCGAAUUCGUCGAAAUACUGCGUUACAUCUACACGGGUAAAAUUAUCGAGUACAAUGAUUCAAAUUUCAUGAGUAAAGUUUUGAUAGCGGCUAAUGAAUUGAUGAUAUUUGGACUAAAAGCGGAUAUGGAAAGAAUCUUAGCAAACAACAUUAAUAUUGAUAAUGUUAUUAAAUUGUUCACAUUGGCAGACCGGCAUACUGCUCUUUAUUUGAAAAUGGAAACCCUAAAAUUUAUCGAACGCAAUAUUACGGACGUUGUUACUACACAUGAUAUGAAAGCGCUACCUGCGGAUUUGACAUGUCAAAUAUUGCCAGCUGUAUUGGCAGUGGGAACUGAUUCUCAAUAUAAGUAA